UACGAGCCUAAACACACACACACACACACACAUUCACAGAACGAUAGCUUUGACUCAAACACACAAAGAUCGCCAAACUCCCCAAAUGUCACCGAUCCAUCAAGCAGGAAGGGGCGGGGCUAGCGCUCCUCUCAGGCCCGUCAUUGGCUGCCGCCGAGCCGCCGUUCAGGGGUCAGCUCGGUCUAUAAAGGCCGGCGGGUCGCAGCGAGAGGACACACCGACAAGCCUUCUGCUAGAGGCGCAUGAGCACCGCAGCUUCAAGAAGAACGAAGUCCCAGCGCCAAGGAGACUGAAGACGACGAAGACCACGGUCCGGUUGACGAGCAGCAGAACCUCGGCCCGAAGAGGACUGGACUCUAACGAUCAGACCACAAGGACUUUGGAAGCAGCUGGUGGUCUCCAACGUCUCCUAGUGGUCUGGGGGUCUGAGGUUCUGAGGGUCUGAGCAUGAGCAGGAUCAACACCGCUUGACAACCCUUCCACCAGAACCCCUGAGGUCCAGUCCCCAGAAGACACUCACAACGUCCAGAACCUCCAGCGCCAUGAGGCGUGCAGCGCUGGCGUCCGUGAGGAAGGCGGUGGUUCUGGUUCUGGUUCUGGUUCUGGGGUCAGGAGCAGCGCCCCCAGAGAGAGGCUUCGUGGAUCUCCCUCAUGCAGAGAGGUCUUCAGCACUAAACCCAGGCCAGUACCUGAAACACUGGCUCCUGAGUCCCAAAGCAGCUGGAGUGGACAGGACCACAAGAGUCACAGACAAGACCACCACGAGGACCAUCACUGCUGGGCACAAGGCGGGGCGGCUGAGGACCGGACCCGGGACGGCCGGUCCAGAUAAACGAGCCCAGAUGCUGAAGAUGAUCUCGGCCCUGGAGGAGAUGGACCGGGCGCUCCACAGCACGCUGAGUUCCAGGAUCAGCCUCCUGCCUCGAGCAAACGGCCGAAAUUCAGGAAGAAGAAACAAAGUGCCCCCUGGUCCUGAAGGAGGGGUGAAGCCUCCUGGUCCUGAAGGAGGGGUGAAGCCUCCUGGUCCUGAAGGAGGGGUGAAGCCCCCUGGUCCUGAAGGAGGGGUGAAGCCCCCUGGUCCUGAAGGAGGGGUGAAGCCUCCUGGUCCUGAAGGAGGGGUGAAGCCCCCUGGUCCUGAAGGAGGGGUGAAGCCCCCUGGUCCUGAAGGAGGGGUGAAGCCCACUACGGUGGCCCCAGCAGCAGUGGACAGCACCGUGUCCAGAGCCAGUGGGAUCGUCCCCAGUCUGACUGGUCGGAGUUUCAAGAAGUCCAUCGGGCCGCAGACCAAGAAGACCAACAAGAGAGUGUGUUUCUGGAAGUACUGCUCCCAGAACUGAUGCCCAUCCGGUCCCUCUGGCUCUUACCGGACCUCUGCGUUCUUGGAUUCUGUUGCCGUGGCAUCAGGAAGCCCCGCCCCUCCUUCCCCAGCAGCGCCAGCAUGGACCUUUUCCUCCGCUGGUGAAUCAACCGGACUGACCAAUCAGAGAAGACGACGUGUGCCGGCGGCACGCUGAACCCUGUUAACCCUUCCUCCUCCUGACAGACACACGUCGGGGUGAAUGUGUGCACUUUGAAAUAAAGUUCAUUUAGAGCAUGAAACA